CAACAACUCACAACAACAACAAAACAACAAAACAACAGACACACACAGAUGGACACGUUUCCACAGUGAGUCUGUAGUUCAGAAAUAAUCAGAUGUUUAAAUAUUAACUGACAUUUCACAUAAUUAAAUUAGUUUAAUUUACAGAAACAGAACCCCAAACACACACACACACACACACUCACACACACACACACACAGACUUCCUGUGUUCUACGGAGAUCAGACUAACCAAACUUCGUCUGUUGGACGAGUAAACGAUCUUUAAAUCUGUUUUCUCUUGGAUGAUCCGUCCCGGGUCCAGGUGGACGGUAUCUUGAGGCGCAGCAGGAUUUAUCAGAUCGGACCUUAAAGAGCAGGAUACCGAAGUUUAAGAAACACUCAGUUUUAAUAAACGGGGAGAGACAUCUAUGUUCGUUAAAACCAGGAGAGACAUCUAUGUUCGUUAAAACCAGGAGAGACAUCUAGACGUUCACCUGUGAGGACACCUGCAGGCUCUGAUGUCCUCUGACCCUGAACACCGUGUCUCCAUCUCCUCCCAUCGUACUAACGUGCACGCCAAAAUCAGCUGCACGUUUGGGGCCAGAGUCCGUGACGCCGGAUCAGCUGUGAGAUCCCUCAGGUCAGAUCUGGACAGUGUGUCCGUUUGAAGGUCUGGACCAGAGUAAGAACUCUGAUCGUGACGCUCAAACUUCUGCAGCUCCCCCUGGUGGUCAGCUGCGGUAUGAACCACAGAACACCAGGUUGUUUCUGCUGGUUCUCUGACUUCAUUACCAACAUGUGGACCAGUCUGGGCGGAGAUGGUGGCGCCCCCUCCUGGUUAUAAACGGUGGAUGGGUUUUGGUCUAAGUGUGACUGUUUGAGGUUCUGGACAGUCACUAUCUGCAGAUCUUAACACGCAGGAUCCUGUUUUUCCCAUCAUGCAUCUCUCCUGCAGGAUAAAUCCAAACUCCUGCUGCAGGUAGAAACACUUUUAUCUCUGAAACUCAGAAACGAAGUUUGGAGACGAGUCGUUUCUCCUCUCGAGUUUCUUCAAUCUUCUGCUUCAUCAUCUCCUCCUCCUCCUCCUCCUGCUCCUCCUCCUCAUCAUCAUCACGUUCAUGUCGUCCUCUCUCCUCUCUCCUUGCGUGCCUUCAUCCCUCUCUCCUCGGCUCAUCCUCUCACGUGUUUCUCUUUUUUCUUCCUGUGUCUUUUCUGCUGAGCUCUGCAGUCUCUGGUAGGUGUGGUGCGUUCACGGGAGUCCUCCCUCCCUCCCUCCCUCUCUCUCUCUCUCUCUCUCCCUCUCUCCCUCUCUCUCUCUCCCUCUCUCCCUCUGUCUCUCUCUCCCUCUCUCUCUCUGCUGCUGUAGAGCUUACGUAACUCUCAGCAACGAGGAUGGAAACACAGACAGAGAGGAGAGAGAGGGAUGUUGGUCGGCGUCUUUGAGGCUGAGAUGGUAGACGAGGUUCUGCAGCCUGUUUGAUCUGAAAACAGUCAAAGUCGUGACCACAGAGAUGUUUCUGACAGAGCAGAUUAACGGGAACGACAUGAACGCAUCAACAUUUCAGACACAUGACCGUCAAACUGAGGGUUUUUAUUUUAGAGUCCGUAAAGUGUAAAACCUUCAUGAUCUUCAUGAUCUUCACACUCGGGUCCAGACUCUGCAGGACCUGGACGUAGAUUCUCAUGAACACAGAAGUUUGAUCUGAUCCUGACUGUCAAACUGAGGAAACUGCAGAGAUCCUGAUCCAAACCGGUCUGCAGGCGCCGCUCUGACCUCUGGAGGGUCACUGUGGAGAACUGCAGAACUUUGGGUGGGGCUGAGGAACAAAAACACACCAUCAACUUUAGACAGACGUGGAUCUGAGUGGAUCUGUGUGGAUCUGAGUGGAUCUGUGUGGAUCUGUGUGGAUCUGAGUGGAUCUGUGUGGAUCUGAGUGGAUCUGAGUGGAUCUGAGUGGAUCUGAGUGGAUCUGUGUGGAUCUGAGAGGAUCUGUGUGGAUCUGAGUGGAUCUGAGUGGAUCUGAGUGGAUCUGUGUGGAUCUGAGUGGAUCUGUGCAGCCGCUCACUCAGGAACCUGGUCACACAUUUCAUCCCCUUUGACUCGCAGCGAGAGCGAGGACUGAGUCAGCGUGAAUUUGCAGGUCGUGGACGUUAUAAUCGACCAGCAGCGAGGAGGACAAGGUUCAGAGGCGCUGUGGGAAAUAUUCCUGAUGGUGUACGACGGAGAAACGCUGAGCGGGAGAAAAAACACACGGGAGGAAUAAUGAGAUUUGGUGAGAGGUUAAAAGCAGCGCAGGUGGGAUUUGACCUCCCAGAGGAAGAGACGAAGACGAGAGAGAGAAGAGCAGAGGACGGAAAAUGUGGAGCGCCUCGUGUCUUCAGGGAGGACUUUUUAUCGUCAACAGAACGUCUUUGAAAUCAGGCGACCGAGACCAGAAGGACAAAAGAGAGAAACGUUAAAACAACAGAAACACGAUCGUCUGAACGCCAACACAGAUGAACCAACAGAAGACCAAACAGA